AUGAGUGAAGAUGGAAACGACCCGCGCGAUAACGACAUGUACGGCCACGAGCAUACCGACGACGAUGAUGGAUCGAUGCCGUCGUUAGAAGAAGCCGAUCCGCACAGUCUGUUCCGUGGCCACAACCCUUUCCGGGCGGUUGAUGAUGACGAUCCGGAGGAGGCAGACAUCAGCCAAAUGCCGCAAUUCCAGAACACGCGAAUACAAAACACCGGUCCGGGCAGAUACCACUUCUCCGCUACAAUACACCAGACUAUUCCGCUCUCGGGAGCCGCGUAUGGACAGAACGGCAACGGUCCCAAUACCAUAGGUGGAAUCACUUCGUUUCUCUCAAACUUGAUAUCCAAUGCUGGAGCGAUGCGGCAACAAGGGCAGGCUGAGGCGGGCGAUGGUCAAGGCCGCUCGACACCACGUCCUGAUCCAGAAGGUGGCCCCCAUGUACAUAGGUUCACAUAUUCAUCUGGCGCACGUCUUCAUCCUCGUGAUAGCAACAACCCAGGCCCGCGUCUGGAGCCAGUCGAUGGCCUCAACAAUGUCCUCUCUGAAUUAUUCGCAGCCUUCGGAGACCCCAACGCAGCCGGUCAAGUGCCAGGACACAAUCAUCCCCAUGGCUCUCCAGGACAAGCCUUCGGUGGUAUGCCCAUGGACCCUCUCAUGGGCCUCUUCGCAGCCCUCAGCGGCGGCCAACAUGGAGAUUUCGUCACCUCCCAAGAAGCCAUGGACCGCAUCGUCUCACAGCUUAUGGAGCAAACCGCCAAUAGCAACGCUCCAGGCCCAGCUUCCCAAGCCGACAUCGACGCCCUCCCCCGGAAGAAGAUCACAAUAGACAUGCUCGGUGAUGAUGGAAACGCAGAUUGUAGUAUAUGCAUGGAUUCCGUCGCGCCGGAAGAGGAGGUCACGGAGCUACCGUGCAGGCACUGGUUCCACCACCAGUGUGUUUCUGCUUGGCUGAAGGAGCACGAUACGUGUCCUCACUGUCGCAAAGGCAUCACGAAGACGGACGAGAACGGUCCUAAAGACGCGUCGUCAAGUGCAGGCGCGACUGCAGGCUCCACGUCUUCGGGCGCCGAUCCUACCGUGAACAUGCCCGGCGCUUUUGGCGUCAUUGGAGAAGGCACCUCGAAUAAUCCGUUCGUUGUUCCGGGAAGCUCGCCGCCUGGUGCCGGUUCCAGUGCACAGCAAGGCCAGUCUAAUGCGAACGACGCAUCAAAUAACAAUUCAAGUGCGGCGGAGCGAAGGGGUUGGUGGCCAUGA